UGGUGCUCUGAUGACAACUUAAAUAGAUUGUAUGGUUAUGUUCGUAUGGUAUCGUUAAAAAAAUCCAAAAAUGGACAUUAUACAUGAUGAUGAUGACCUGGAAAUUAUUGAUUUCAUAAUAAAUGGAGGGUUACCAAGGCAAAUAUAUAUCAGGAAUGACCAUUUUCAUGGAUAUGACAAUGAGUCCUUUCGGAAGCGAUUUCGAAUAAGUAAAGUUUGUGCUAUUGAGAUUUUGCAGCAGAUUGAAAUGUAUUUAGAAUUUCCAACUGAUAGAAACAACUGUGUUUCUCCCAUGAAUCAGUUGCUGUUAACUUUACGCCUUUAUUCUACUGGUGGGCAUUUGCUUAGUGUUGCCGAUUUUUGUGGAGUACAUGUAUCAACUGCAUGUAGAAUUGUACGAAGAGUGUCAGAAGCCAUCGCUAGAUUGUACAGACAAUACAUUCAAAUGGCAACCACACCAGAUGAUAUGAUGGCUUGUCAAAGAGAAUUUUUCAAUAUAGCCUCAUUUCCGAGGGUCGUAGGAGUUAUAGAUUGUACUCACAUUAAGAUUGAUUCACCGGGAGGAGAGGACCCAGAAAUAUUCAGAAAUAGAAAGGGUUAUUUUUCCAUUAAUGUACAAAUGAUAUGUGAUGCCAAUCUCAAGAUUAUGAAUGUAGUAGCCCGCUGGCCAGGAUCAAGUCAUGACUCCACAAUAUUCAGCAACAGUAGAGUUCGUGUAAAUUUUGAACAAAAUAUUUACGAAAACUGUUUAUUACUUGGAGAUAGCGGGUAUCCUAAUAGACGAUACUUGAUGACACCUCUUUUAAACCCAGCAACUCCAGCUCAACAAUUGUAUAAUGAGGCUCAUAUAAGAACAAGAAAUUGUAUAGAACGUUGUUUUGGUGUAAUCAAAAGAAGAUUUCCAAUAUUAGCAUAUGGUUGUCGUCUCUUAAUAAAUAGCACUCUGAGCAUUAUCAUGGCUACUUCAGUUCUGCAUAAUAAAGCAUUACAAGUUGGUGACCUAAACGUGCCUAACCUACCUGAUGAAGUGAACAUUCACGAAUUGGAUGUUCAAAUACAAAACGGUAACAUACCUGUUCCCAAUAUGGAUGGUAUAGGAAUUGUCGGAUUCAGACAUGAGCUUAUUAAUAAUUAUUUUGCAAAUUUAUAA